AUGGGAGCCGAAAGAGUAAAAGAAGCAAGACUACAAACAUUGAUGUCUGAUUUCGAACGUAUGCGAAUGAAGGAGACAGACACGAUCGAUGACUUCUCUGCAAAACUCUCAGAACUUGCCACAAAAUCGGCAGCUUUAGGAGAAAUCAUCGACGAGCCAAAGCUAGUAAAGAAGUUUCUACAAAGUUUACUUCGAGGAAGAUAUAUUCACAUUAUUGUCGCUCUAGAACAGGUCCUUGACCUCAAAACUACAACUUUUGAAGACAUCAUAGGGAGACUAAAGGCAUAUGAGGAGAGAAUCUGCGGUGAAGAAGAUCAACAAAGUGACCAAGGAAAACUCUUAUAUGCGAAUACAGAGUCACAAGAAGGUCAAGGAACUGGCAGAGGCAGAGGACGAGGGGGAAGAUUUUAUGGUAGAGGAAGAGGCCGCGGUUACUAUGAUAACAAUGGCAACCAACAGAACAACAGCUACAAACAAGAAAGAGACAGAUCCAAGAUUAUCUGUUUUAGGUGCGACAAAGCAGGACAUUACGCGUCGGUAUGUCCUGAUAGACUACUUAAGCUCCAAGAGACACAAGAGAAUGGAGAAGAAGAAGUCGAUGAUACACAAGAAGCAGAAAAGUUGAUGAUGCAUGAGGUUGUAUACCUCAACGAGAAGAAUGUAAAGGCAAGAAAGUUCGAAACUUGUCUAGACGGCGAGAAUGUCUGGUAUCUAGACAAUGGGGCCAGUAAUCACAUGACUGGAAACCUGGCCUACUUCAACAGAAUUGACGAGAAUGUCAGAGGAAAAGUCAGAUUUGAAGACAACUCACGCAUAUAUAUCAGAGGAAAAGGUUCGGUGUUGUUCAUAACCAAGGAUGGAGAUCAAAAAAUACUAGCCGAUGUGUACUAUAUUCCAGCCCUGAAGAGUAAUAUCAUAAGCCUCGGUCAAGCAACGGAGGCAGGGUGCGAGGUUAGGAUGAAAGGGGAGCUUCUAAGCGUAUAUGACAAGGACGGAAUAUUGCUUGUUAAAGCAAACAGUUCCAGCAAUCGGCUAUACAAAGUUCUUAUGGAGGUUGAGAAUACUACAGCUGGUAGCAUUAAGUGA